GGUGCCCAUGCGGCACCACCCCUGCCGCGAGUGCGCGCCGGCCAGGGCAGCAGCAUGGGGCAGGGGGCCGCCAAGCAGACGAGGGCUCUGCUGGACUACACCACCGAGAAGUACGUGGUCACCAAGAACAGGAAGGUGGGCCUGAUCCACCGGCUCCUGCAGCUUGGCAUCCUGCUCUACAUGCUGGUUUGGGUCUUCCUGGUGAAGAAGGGCUACCAGGAAACGGACACCACCCUGCAGAGCAGCGUCAUCACCAAAGUCAAGGGCGUGGUGUUCACCAACACCUCAGAGCUGGGGGCCAGGCUCUGGGAUAUUGUGGACUUUGUCAUCCCACCUCAGGGAGAGAACAUGUUCUUCAUCACCACCAACCUCAUCGCGACCCCCAACCAGCGGCAACAAACCUGUGCUGAGAGUUCUAGCAUCGAGGAAGCUAAGUGCCACGAGGACAGUGACUGCCCUCCUGGGGAACCUGUGCUGACUGGCCACGGAGUGAGGACUGGCCGCUGCCUGCCCACAAAGAACGAGACUGGGGGCACGUGUGAGAUCUUCGGCUGGUGCCCACUGGAGUCGGAGUGUGCGCCAGAGAAGCCACUCCUGAGCAACGCUGAAAACUUCACUGUUUACAUAAAGAACUACAUUCAUUUCCCUAAAUUCAACUUCUCCAAGAGCAAUGUGUUAAACACCCAAGACACACGAUUCCUGAGGACCUGUCGCUUUAAUCCUGCUAACCCCUACUGUCCCAUCUUCCGACUGGGGUCUCUGGUCAGCUGGACGGGGAACGACUUCAAUGAGCUGGCAGUGAAGGGUGGUGUGAUAAGAAUUGAGAUUCAAUGGGACUGUGAUCUUGAUAAAGGGCCAUCUAAAUGCAAACCUCAGUAUUAUUUUAGCCGCCUGGAUAAGGUUACUUCAGAAAACACCAUCUCCAGUGGGUACAGCUUCAGGUAUGCCAGGUAUUACCGUGAUGAAGAUGGGGUGGAGUUCCGCACCAUGAUGAAAGCCUAUGGGAUCCGCUUUCACGUGAUUGUGAGUGGCAAGGCAGGGAAGUUCAGCAUUAUCCCCACAGUCAUAAACGUGGGCUCUGGACUGGCCAUCUUGGGUGCUGCAUCUUUCUUCUGUGACCUGAUACUCAUGUACUUAAUUAAAAGACGUCACUUCUAUCGCAACCAGAAGUACGAGAAAAUGAGGUUUCAAGAUAAAAAAUCCUUGAAGGGAAGGGAGGCCACGGUCAAGUCUGCAGAGCAGCCCAAGAUGCAGGACCGGCAUGGCGGCAAGAAGGAGCUACUAGAUCUGUCAAGCACAGGGCAGCAAGGCAGCGGUCCUGACCCGGAACCUCUCAGUCAGCCAACAACUCUGGAUGCCAGAGUGACGUGGCCACAAGACAAUCUGUCAAGGUUCCUAGAUCGUAAUGAAUCUUCCACUACGCUCUGAGGGGGGAGGGAUCCGGUGGUGAUCUACACCCCUACACUCCCGAUUUAAUCCUGAGUGACCACAAUGCAGUCGUCCUGCUGUGCUAUCCCAGCUUAAGACAGCAUAACUAGCAUCAUUUACUCAGUCUUACUCCUGGCACUGCUCCGAGUUCAGUGGCUGUAGAGCUCUGCAACUCCAAGUGAAGUCUGUGGACCAGCAGAACCUGCACUGCCUGGGAGCUUUAGUUAGACAGGCACACUCAGGUCCCUUCCAUGUUCCCCUAAAUUGGAACUGGUGUCUCAACAUUCCCUGGUGGCUCAUUGUGCAUGUUCAAGUUUGAAAAAUACUGGUUUGAGAUAUGCAAAGCCCUGCUUCAGAGGUUGACAAUUUCGAAGGCAAGCUGACAGACACAUGCCUUGAGGAGAGGACCCUUCCAUCCUCUCCACCUCAACCCUAGGAAAAUGGCAUUAUAUUCAAUGUAUUAAAAUGAAAAUAUUUUUGUUUAGGCAAUAUUUAAGAUUCAAAAUUUACAGGUUGGACAUUUGCCUUGUCUGCAGCUAACUUGGGUUCAAUUCCCAGUAUACCGUUAUGGUCCCCAGAGCCCGCCAGGAGUGAUCCCUGAGUGUAGACCAGGAGAAAGUCCUGAACAUUGUCUGACAUGGUCCUCAAACCAAUUGCACUGAAAAUAAUCUCACUAACCUUUUUCCUGAGGCUAUCUGUGCUACCAAUUCUAGAGGUUCCCUU